UACCCCCUCAGCGCCUGACACCGGAUCAGCUUGGAGCCGUUUUCUCGUCGUCACCGAGCCGAGGAGAGGGGAGGCUCACAGCUGAUCCUGGGUCAGCGGGACAGGGAGUUUAAAGCCCCUGCGCGGCUCGGUGCUGCUUGUGAGCUUUAGCCGGGGAGAGGGGGGACGUCGAUUGACGGUCGCAAUCCAGCAGAUCAGCAAUCAAAAGUAUAGCGAUCGUGGAGCUUUUUCCGAGUGCAUUUGUACAGAUCUGGGUUCAGUCGUGGGGGGGGGGAUAUGCCAGUCGGCAAGGCUAACCGCGCUCGGCUAGGCUAGCUAUCCGAUCACGUAGAGCGUUUGCGUCCACCGCCGUUGCGCGACAAUCACAGCGACGCGAAAGGCCGGUUCGGUUGUCUCUCUCUCUCUCUCUCUCUCUCUCUCUCCCUCUCUCCCCCCUUCCCUCCCCUCCCCUGGAUCCGCGUCGGAUCAGCUAACCCUUACGAUGUCAACGUGGGUGAAGGCACCGGGCGGCCGCCGGGCCCCGCCGAUACCGAACGGAGGGAAUCUCAAGCCCCACAGGCCGUUCCGGAGAGCGCCUUACCCGGCGAGAGAGGACCGGGGCGACCCGCAGGAGGAGCCGCAAAGCUUCGAGGAGGCCUUGGACCAGCAGCUGGACUAUUCUGCCGGCUGCAGUGACUACGAGAGAUACCAGCACGUCCAAAAAGCCCCGCCCAAGGGCUACGCGCCCCCCGCGGACCGACGCUCCGCCCUCUACCAGCGCUUCUACGCGCAGCUCCGGGAAGACCAGGACCGCAGGCCGGCCGACUGCGUCAUCCUGUCCAUGAGCACCCAGAACAUGGAUUACGCCCAGUUGAUAGGCCGCCGCCUGCGAGAGCGUGAGCUCGGCGUGGCGGCGGUCGCCCUGCGGGCGGAGUCGGGCCUGACCCGGGCCCUUCAGGAGGUGCGGUCCGAGGGCUCGCCGUUUUGUAUUCUCGUGGAGCAGGCUAACGUAGAGCUGUCGUCGUGCACGGUUAUCAUUUUUUCCGAGUCGCUCAAAAUCCACCGCAACAUGCCUAAGGACCAGGCCCUAGAUUUCGUGUCGGCGGAAUACGCCCGCGUCCGCGCCGAGAAGGACAAGGACCCGGCGGGGCUGGCGGAGGAGGCGGCCAGGAUGGCCGACGACUACCUGGAGCGGGAGAAGCGUCCCAGGCACCCCGUUCCCGCGGCGACCCGGCACCUGCUCUCCCUGCUGGCCGAGGGCCUGCACCUCUACCCCGACGAGCUGGGCGAGCUGUCCGACUACCUCCGCACCCGCCGGGACCAGCUGCAAGGCCCCCCCCCCGAGGUGGACGACGGCUCUUACGCCGUGAGGAGGACGAUCCCGCCGAGCGGCCUGGGCAAGCCGCCGCCCCUGCUGCCCACGCCCAGGGACCGGCCCGCCCCCCACCCCGGCUCCGGGGAGCACACCGCCGCCCCCUUGCUGCCGACACCGGGAUCGUACCCCAAGACCAAGCCCCCACCCCUGUUAUCGAUACAGGGGCGCCCGGGGCCCCCCCUCGGACACCCCCCGCCUCCCCGGGGGCCCCCCCACGGCCCCAGAGGGCCCCCU